GGAGAGGGCUGGGAGCGGGGCUUCUGGCUUCCCGUAGAGCGAGAGGAGGAGGAGGAGCCGGAGCUGGAGCUGAGCAGGAGGAGCAGGAGCGGCCACGGUGCCCGCAGCCCCUGGGGACCAGGCAUGGAGAACAGAAAGCUUAUUUCUGCCACUGACACCCAGUACUCCGGUAAUCUGCUGAAUUCCUUGAAUGAACAAAGAGACCAUGGCCUGUUCUGCGAUGUCACUGUUAUUGUGGAAGAUCGAAAAUUCCGGGCCCACCGGAAUGUUCUGUCUGCAUCGAGCACUUACUUCCAUCAGCUUUUUUCAGUUGCUGGGCAAGUGGUUGAGCUAAACUUUAUAAGGGCAGAGAUUUUUGCAGAAAUCCUCAACUAUAUUUAUAGUUCUAAACUUAUGCGUAUUAGAUCGGAUCUACUUGAUGAGCUAAUUAAGUCAGGGCAGUUAUUAGGAGUUAAGUUUAUAGCAGAACUGGGUGUACCUUUGUCACAGGUUAAAAGUAUCUCAAGUUCAAUAAAGCACGAUGGUAGUGAAACCUUACCUUCUGGCACAGAUGAAAAGGAUCUUCAAGUUCAGAAGGCAGAAAAUGAAGGGUCUGAGGCUGGGGUGACUAUGAUGCCUGUUAUAACUGAGACUUUUUCUUUAUGUGCUGAAGAUUACGAGACGAAAAAAAUCGGUACUGAUUCUGAAGAAGACGAUGAUGUCAUUUUCUGCUCUGAAGUCUUACCUCCCAAAGAGGCUUUGCCAGGUGGUACGGCCGCAGCAGCAGCACAAGUCCAGCCUGACCCAGGGCCUGUUGCCUUUGCCGAUAAGGAGUGUGGCACUAGUAGCUCUCCUCCUCUGACAAACAAACCACUGCAGACACUUGCUACUUCUGUGAACCAGACGGGCCCCAGCCAGACCCGAAAUAGUGAAGAUGCCCCAAAGCAUCUGACUCCCAACAUCAUUUUGUUAAAUCAGCCAUCUCUUAAUGCCCUACCGAGUUCUUCGCAUCCUAGUCAGGUGUCUCCUUCAGUUAAUUUACUUGUACAGAAUCAUCAGCAGAUACCAAAUAACACCAUGGCUUUGCCUAAACGUAGGGCUAAUGUAGAAGUGGAAGCAGAGAUUAUAGAUGACGAUGAUGACACUAUUAGUUCUAGUCCAGACUCAGGAGUCAGUAAUCCCUCUUUGGUCCCCCAGCCUGAUGCUUCUUUUAAUGGCUCUGUGGUCCAGUCAAAGCAGGUCUCUCUUUUUCAUCAAGAACCACUCUCUAACUCUUUAAAAAUUUCAAAUGUUAUUACUGAAAGCAGUAAGGAUUCAGGGGGAGGUGUGAAGCAUGUGAUGGAAGGUCAGAAGAUCAUUACGCUAGAUACAGCUACUGAAAUUGAAGGUUUAUCUACUGGUUGUAAAGUUUAUGCAAAUAUUGGGGAGGACACAUAUGAUAUAGUGAUUCCUGUCAAAGAUGAUCCUGAUGAAAAAGAGGCCAAGCGUGAUAGUGAGGUCCCCAAAACAUCUGGUGAUGAGCCUUCGAACAAACGCGUGAAAGUCAAACAUGAUGAUCACUAUGAAUUAAUUGUAGAUGGGAGGGUGUAUUAUAUUUGUAUUGUGUGCAAAAGAUCUUAUGUGUGUCUGACAAGUUUGCGGAGACAUUUUAACAUUCAUUCUUGGGAGAAGAAGUAUCCAUGCCGUUAUUGUGAGAAGGUGUUUCCCCUAGCAGAAUACCGCACCAAACAUGAGAUUCAUCACACUGGGGAGCGGCGGUAUCAGUGUUUGGCCUGUGGCAAAUCCUUUAUCAAUUACCAGUUUAUGUCUUCGCAUAUAAAGUCAGUCCAUAGUCAGGACCCUUCUGGUGACACCAAGCUUUAUCGUUUACAUCCUUGCAGGUCUCUGCAGAUAAGGCAAUAUGCUUACCUUACUGAUCGGCCAAGGAGUAUACCUGUGAUAAAGGAAGAUGGAAUUGUGUAUAAGGUUGAUGGUAGGAAAGAACCUUCUGAAGAGACUGCCACAUCUACCCCCCAAAACAAGCCAAUGACUUGGGAUGAUAUCUUUAUUCAACAGGGAAAUGAUUCAAUGUUUAAACAAAAUGUAACAGAUGGCAGCACUGAGUUUGAAUUUAUAAUACCAGAAUCUUACUGAAUUGAUUUGGGGGAAAAAACCUGAGCUUGUGUCAGGGGGCAAUGGUUUCAAAAGACCAGUAAACACUUAUAAAACAAAUUGGGGUGAAAGCAAGUUAAUUAGUCCUUCAAAGUAAUUGGAAAGUAGUUUUUAUUUGCAUUAUUUUUAGUUACAGGGAAUUGGUAGGAGCAAAUUUAUCUGAAAUUUUACUUGAAUACAGAUUGAGGAGUUAUCUCCAGGGCAAGCUGUUCAUUAGUUUAUUUUGGGGGUUUGGGGUUCAUUGGUCUGUUUUUAAGAGAAAUCAAUGAUAUAAAAAGGUAGUUUUCUGACAGGAAUUUGAAACAGUCACUCCCCUCUCACAGUUGUUAUUGGCAUACCUGAAAAAUUGAGCCUAUCAUGAAUUUUCUCUUAUGUAUAGCACUUUACUGCUGAUUUCUGCAAAAACAUUUGAGCAUUGUCUACAGUUUUUGUGUUGUCUAAUGUGUAUGACAAAAAUAUCCAACAGCUUUUGAAAAGGUUCAAGAUAACUAUCCUGCCCAUCCACUUGGAUGGCAUACUUUGGGUCCAGCAGUGCCAUAGUGCUCUGGUCCAAAUGGAUUGUUAAACUUCAUCCGGAUAGUUAAACCUGGCCUUUCCCAUAAGCUUGUCACCUGGAACAAUGAUAGAAUUGGGCUCGUCAGAAGGAGCUUGACUUAUUAUAUCUGGCCAUGUACCGAACCAGACCGAUGACUGGUCCACUUUAUCCCUUUGCCACAUGGGAUAUGUGGAGGGAAUCUUGAUGGACUAAGAUCUGAGCGGUAUGGAACGGAGAAGAAGGGGAAGCCCUGCAGCGUUCAUUUUAAGUUAGGGAAUUAUCAGGAGCUCUCAACUUCAGACACAGAAUGAAGUUAAGAAGCAGUUAAUUUGCUUGUGACAUGCCCAGAUUUAUGUAAUGUUACUUUCACUUAUGGGCUUUCAAAUAUGCAUAAAGCUAUACAAAAAUAACUAAACUCCAUGGUUUUGGGGGGAGGAGUCCCUCAAUGUAAAUUUCUAAACUUAGAAUUUUCUAGUAGGAAGUUUUUAUUUGAAACAGUUGAUGUGGUUUUAUUUUGGUUUGGGGUUUUGUUUUUUGUUUUUUGUUUUUCUUGAAGAAAAGCAGCUUAGCUUUUUAUGUAUUCUAAGAUAUGCUUGGCUCCAUUCUACCUGCAAAUCACUGUGGUUCUAUAGCAUUCAGGAACUUUGUAUGGAAUCAUGUUGGCCUCUUGGUCUAGGCCAAGUUGGAAUACUUCAAACACGGCCUGUGUGUGUGUCUCCUUCUGUUUGACACAUCAAGAAAACAAAGUUGAUGGGAAACUUUCAUUGGAAAGGCUAGUACCAAAAGUGAGCAAGCACAAUAUUUCACUUAGUAUUUCCUAAGUCAACCUGUUGAAUUUCUGUAAAUGAUUUACAAAAAGAAAAAAAAUACAAAAAAAGUAAAUAGAUCUGAAAAGGUUGUGCAUAGUAAUAGUUAUUUGUAACCUUUCAUUAAAUAUUUCUUAUCUGACAGUUUAAAAGAAUUUUUCUUUUUAUGUAUUAUAAGAAAUAACUUUUUGAAAGCUUAAAGCUUUAAUUAUGAAUUUUCAUGCAUAUGUCACUGUUGCCAAGAUGAGUUAGAUUUGAAGAUAAUGAUUUUUAAAGCUUCUAAAGCUACAAAGGUACCAGAAAUCAGUAUUUUUAAUAAAAGGAGAACAAAACAUGUCAUUCUUUGCCUAUCCCGGUGUAUGCUGUGCAUAUCUUUUCUGUCCUGUGUGUGAAUAGAUUUUUCAAAUCAUUUUGUAAAUUUACCUUCUUUAAAAAUUGGGAAGUAGCUUUUAAUUUAAGACUAUGCUACCUGAAACCACAGUAGUAGGGUCUGGGUAUAGAUGUUAAUGAUGUUAUUCUUUGGUCAUAAGAGUGUACUUGCUUUGAAAAAUGUUCUUGGUUGAACUUUGUCCGUUUCGUUAAGAUAGUUCAUCAGUUAAACACGAUUAUGAGUGUGAACAAUACCUAUACCAGCAUAGCUUUCAGACCUUUCAGACUAAAUGGCCUGUGUGCAGUCAAACAAGCAGACACAUUUGGUCAUGCUAAGGCUUGGUAACUUUUAUGAAUCUGUUGUGACAAAUGGGGAAUUCCUUGUGCCACUCCAAUUCUUUAUUCAUAAGGGCAUGGAUGUAAUUAUUUGCUGCUGAAUGUGCCCUUUUGAAGUCCUGAUCCUUAAAUUUAAGCUCUGUGCCUAUUAAAGGUCACUUUUGGGGGGCUAGAGGGGAACAGGGGUUUGGAGGAAAACUGACCAUUACAUUGUAUUUCUGCCAGAAGACUCUUACUUGCAUGUGUCUCAGGGUCUUCAGUUUUCCUAGGAGUAAUUUCAAUAUCCAAAGUCCAGAACGCAUAUGAAAAACUUUGGGGGGGGGUUAAUAAAACCCUUCACUUCUAGUAUUUAUUGGGUUGAAAAUGUGUAGAGGCUCCUGUUUAUUAUUAAUUUUUGAUGGGGCUUGUUGGCCUUUAGAUCUCAGCCUAUUGCACUUAUUUUUUCGGUUGUUAAGCUAGCUUUUUCCUUUUGGUCUUAACGCUAAAUUUCCUGUAAAUAUUAGCAGAUGUUAAUGCUUUGAAACAGUACUUGCGUUCAGAACCAUCACACAAUUUGAUGACGCAUAAAGUCUUAGCAAAACCAGGGGGAAAAUGCCAUAUCAAAGUCGCAAGAACCAUUAUAAAAUACUUUAAAUGUUCACGAUUUUAGUGGUGAAUAUCCUCCACCCUGUCACCAAGGGAAACUAGGCUACAUCUUUCCAGUAUCAUUAAGAGCCUAUCACAUUCGAGGUAAUCAUUGUUAGAGGCUGCGUAUUUAUUUUCUGCUGUUGUUAAGGCAUGACUAUUAUCAAGAUCCAAGACCUGAUAAACUGUACGUUGUCUUACAAGCUUUUGACUUAUGUAGCUCAAAAUUAAAACUGCUGUUCAUUUGUUAAUUUUCACCAACACUGUAAUGUGUAUAUAUACACACUUGUACAGUCUUUUGCUUAACUUUUAAAAGUUGUGUUUUAAACUUUAACCAGUAAUUCUUGCUGUUAGUUCUUAGAAGCUUUCUAUGGCAAAAAUAAAAAAAAAGUUUUCAUUC